UAUUGCCAUCAUUUGCUUCGACAACAACCUGCAGCUCUAAUGCACGUUUAAUUCUCAAACAGGAGUUUUGGCAAGUGAUGCUGUAUCUGACUGAUGUGUUGACUGUAACAUGUGAGAUGGUGGUUUUUUUUUUUUUUCUCUCUCUAGAAACCUGGAUGCUUUUUGCCAUUCUGUUGGUAAAUGAUGAGACAGGCAACCAUGGAUUUCAGCACUCCAUCUGUGUUUGACCAGCAAAAAGGUGACUCAUCUGAGGAAGUUGACCUGACCAUGGUUUAUCAGGCAGCUUCUAAUGGAGAUGUCAAUGCUCUGACCUCAGUAAUUCGUGAAGACCCUUCCAUCCUAGAAUGCUGUGACAGUGAAGGAUGUACACCCUUGAUGCAUGCAGUUUCUGGACGUCAAGUGGACACAGUGAAGCUGUUGUUGAAGAUGGGGGCCAAUAUUAACAUGCAGGAUGCUUAUGGCCGCACAAGUCUAUGCCUGGCAACCUAUCUGGGCUGGCUAGAAGGUUGUGUGAGUCUGCUCAGGAAUGGUGCCAAGCACAAUAUCCCGGAUAAAAAUGGCCGUCUGCCACUGCAUGCUGCCACUGCUGAGCCCGAUGUGAGGCUCCUAACAGUGUUGGUGCAACAGUCAAAUCUCAGCGAGAUUAAUCACCAGGACAAUGAGGGAAUGACACCACUUCACUGGGCAGCUUUCCACAACCGGCCUCAACACACCCAAAUGCUGCUGAAGAAAGGAGCAGACCCCACUCUUGUGGAUAAAGACUUUAAAACAGCUUUGCACUGGGCAGUCCAGAGUGGAAAUAGAAUUCUGUGUUCCAUCAUCCUGAGCCACCACCAGGGUCCAUCCAUAAUCAACUAUGAUGACGAGAGUGGGAAGACAUGUGUGCACAUUGCCGCAGCAGCAGGCUUCAGCGACAUUAUUAACGAACUGGCGAGAGUGCCUGAGUGCAACCUGCAGGCUCUGGAUGUGGACGACAGGACACCGCUGCACUGGGCUGCAGCUGCAGGGAAGGCAGACUGUGUGCAGUCACUGCUGGAGCUGGGCAUGGACAGCAACCUGCGAGACACCAAGGAGAGCACACCCCUGGCCUACGCCCUGUACUGUGGCCACACAGCCUGUGUCCAACUCCUCUCCCAAGAGAGUAGAACAGAGCCUACUCGACCCUUUCCUUCCCAGAGCAGUAGACCCCAGAAGAAGGAGGGACGAUUCAGCAUGCUCAACCAAAUCUUCUGCAAAAACAAAAAAGAAGAGCAGAGAGCCUAUCAGAAGGAUCACAGCAGGGAUCGACACAGGGGGGAGCACACCUCGGAAGUCGAUGACAUCAUCACCACCUUUGACGGCAUCGUGGAUACCAACUGCCAAGAAGGGCCAGGCGAUCAGGUGGCUAUGAUUGACCUUAAGAAGCGGACCUCAGAGAAUUCAAAACAUCUCUUGCUAGAAAAGAAGCCUCUGGGCCCCAAGGGGCUUCCACCAAUCAGAACGCAGAGUCUCCCACCCAUCACCGUGGGCAGUCACUUCCUGACAGCUUCCCAGGGGACCACUUCCCAUACUGGUCUGAGCUCCGGUAGUCAUCAUAUGGCCCAGCGAUCUCAGAAAAGCCGCAGUGAGCAGGACUUACUGCAUAACAGAACUGGUUGCCAAGCGUUGCUAGAUAACCCCUGGAGAGGCGAUUCUAACCAGGUGUUCUGUAAGGCUGGGACUGUGUCUUCUUCUGAUAAACUGCUGGACAGAUUGCUCACCAGUGGCUCUGGUCACCAGGAGGUCUUUGGGCUGCCACAUCUUCCUCAUCUACAUAAUCCUUCAUCAGGACAAAAUUUUCAGCAUCUGUCCCCAAACAGACCCCAAAUCAGGGAUCAUCCUUUCACCCGGAACAACCUAGCUCCCUUACCAGACCAAAAAUUUCUAUCUGGAGAAUCUCUGAGGACAAACCGAGUGCUACCUGCUAUUCCAAGCCAACGGGGACACAGCACAGCAGGCAAAGAAAGUGAAAACUUUGUCAAUCCCACCAAUGAUGAGAAUUAGCUGUGGCUCACUGACUGUAAAAAUAGGGAUUAUAUAUAUUUUCAACUGUCAAGGGAUAAGAUUACUCUAGUUUGUGAGAACAAAGACUGAUUCAGUAAAUUGCAUUCUAGAAGCCAUUCACAGUUUUACAACUCCUUCCUAAUGACAUUUCCCAAACAAGCACUUGGAAUCUUUGAUUAUAUAUAUAUUUUAAGUCUGUGAGUUGCUCUGACCUCUACAUGCCAAAACUAAAAGUCAGAAUAUGUUAUCAGCAGGGAAACAGCUAUGUUUGGCUUGCACUGUGGUAUCAGCAGAGAUUUUUUUUUCCUGAACGAUUUUAUGUUCUAAAAAUGUAUGCUUUGCUGAAUAAAAAAAAAAAACAACAAAAAGCAUAUUCCAUAGUUUUCUUCACAUUCAUUGUAAUUCUACCCUUGGUUGAUGAAACUUAAUUAAAAUGAAAGUAGCAAAUUCCUUUA